AUGUCGGAGAAAGCGAAGCAGGGCUCAGCGACUCCCCAAGAUGACAACGGCCUGUCUGCUGAGGCCGGCGCCUCUGAGAUUCCCACCAACGCCGAAGACCGCGCCGCCGCCGCCGCCCUGUCGUCUCUGAAUGCGCCGAAGACAGCUGCUGAGGCUGACGAUGCCGACGAGGACGGAGGGAAGAAGCCGUCCAGCGCGGACCAGGAGGCUCUCGGGAGGGCGAUGAGCAGGCUCGAGAUGAUAGCCGGAGGGGCGAAGAAGGCCGCAGCUGGCGGUGACAGGAAGAGGACGGACGCUACGACUGCGGCGGGAGAGAUUGCUGCUGCUGCUGCGAGUGGUGAAGUGGUCAAGAAGAAGCCGGUCAAGGUCGCUGCGGAGGACGUAAACUUGCUGGUCGAUCAGUUGGACCUCACGAAGAUAAAAGCGACUGAGCUUCUGAGAGAACAUGAAGGGAACGCUGUCAGGGCCAUCCGGGCCUUUAUCUUGCCGCCCGCCGCUGUUGCUUGA